AUGGUAAGAGGAUCAGCAUCAUGUGGAGAAACUUUGGCAGUUGCUGAAGGAGAAGGAGAGAGGCCUCAUGUAGACUGUACGUUUAGUUGGGGAAAGAAAUAUCAGCCCAAGGCUUUGAUGGACUUUAUCUGUCACAGAGAGAAGGCUGAAUCCAUCCAAAUUAUGGUAUGCAAUGGGCAAUAUAAUCAUUGUAUAUUUGAAGGACCUCCAGGGGUCGGAAAGAGAACAAUGUCUCUAGCAAUGCUUAGAGAAUAUGCUGGACUGGAUAUAACUGAGACAAGGGAGGAAUCCAGAGAAUUCAAUUUGGGUGGAAGCCAGGGCGACCCAUUUUUCAAAAUUCCUGUCAAAAUGAAAGUAUCUUCACAGCUCAUUCAGAUCGAUCUAUCUGAACUAAGAUGGCAUGAUGCUACAGAUGUGAUUUUGGAACUACUACAGGAAACAUACAUUAAUGGCAAAGCAGGAAUUAUUGUAAAUGAAGCGGAGCGUCUCUCUAAUGAUGCCCAACUCCGAAUCAAAAGCUUCUUAGAGACUAAUAAAGGCCCCUACAAAGUCAUCUUCUGCUGCUAUGAUAUUUCCAGGCUCCAACAUCUCAAUUCCCUCUGUAUGGUUAUUCAGCUCCUUCCACCUUCAAAUGAACAGAUUGUUGAAGUAUUGAAUUUCAUAGCUAAACAACAAGACAUUGAAUUGCCUGACCAAUUAGCCAACAACAUAGCAGAGAAGUCCAACUAUUGCCUUCAGCAAGCCAUUCGUUCAUUUGAGGCUACCUGGCAUUCAAAAUAUCCCUUCAAAGAAGACCAGCAGGUUAUGACUGGCUGGGAAGAAGAAAUUGCAGACACUGCUAAAAGUAUAAUUGAAGACCAAAGCUCUAAACGGUUGUUUCUUUUUAGACAAAAGCUUCAAAUUCUGUUGCAGCACAAUUUGUGUCCCCAAUUUGUUUUUGUUACUUUAGUGGAAGAACUGAAGAGGCAUUUGGAUGACCAAAUUCAAAUGCAAAUUGGAGUUUUAUGGCAGACAUAUAGUAAUGAUGAUCAGAAUGAAGACCAGUGUAUUGGAAGGAAAAAAUUCAGGAACCCAGAUGAGUUAUUUUGUGAGAAAAUGAUAAGAGCAAGGGCUGCCAGGUUUGUUAGGAUAGAAGGUAAGUAA